AAACACAAACCUACAAAAAAGAAAGAAAAAUUUAUUCUUUCCCUGUAAGAAAGCAUCAAGAAGAUGCAAUCAGAGCUUCUUCACAACUCAUGGUGUUCAACUUUCCAUCAAACUAAAUUUUGUGGCAUCCAAAGUGAUUAUGAAAAUGGAAAGCAUGGUAUAACUUAUUCUUCACUCAACUCCAAAGAUCAAGAUUCCUCGGGGAUUUCCUUCUCAGAUUUCACAUCCCAGUCCUUCUCAGAUUUCACAUCCCUUUUCUCAGAUGAUGAUGUUCUUACUGAUCUUCCCAUGGAUGACUCGGAGUUCGAUGAUGUAUGUCGAUGGUUGAAUGAUAAUGAAAGUGAAGAAAAUGGAAAUAUGAAUAACAUCUCUUCUGAAAUGAAAAGAGAUGGAGAUUUAUGGGGUCCUGCUCUUUUAGGAGUAUCUAGUGAGCUCUUGUCAUCAACAAAUAGAGCUACUUCACUUAUACUUCCAGGAAAUAUUGGAGAAAUGGAUAGCCAAAUGAGCCUUCAUCAUUUAUUGGCAGCUUAUGGAGAGGCCAUGGAGAAUGGUCACAAGGAACUAGUAGAAGUGAUCAUAAGAAGCAUAAAGGGGAAAAUAAAUCCUUUAGGUGAAUCGCUGGAACGUGUUGCUUCAAACUUAUUCCUAGAAAUAGAGGAUCAAGGAAGUUACUUGAGAAAAGAAUCAAGUAAAAUUAUUGAAGCAGCAUUCAAGGUCUUCUACCAAGUUUUCCCAUUAGGGAAAUUUGCUCAUUUUACUGCUAACUCAGCAAUUAUAGAAGCCGUGCCUGAUGAUGUAAAAACAGUUCGUAUAGUGGAUUUUGACAUGGGGGAAGGAAUUCAAUGGCCUCCAAUUAUUGAAGCCAUGGGGCAAAGAAGAAAGGCUUUGAGAUUCACAUCCAUAAAGAAAACUGAGGAAGAAUCAACCAGUUUUCAGUGGAGAUUUAAGGAGACAAAAAGAAGACUUCUUGAUUAUGCAAAUCUUUUUGGCCUAAGAUUACAAGUUGAGGAGAUGACAAUUGAAGAAUUGGCAAGUGAAUUGAGAAGAAUGAAGAAAAGGGGUAAAGGGAGUGAAUGGUUGGUUUUCAACUGUAUGUUUAAACUCCCACACAUGGAGACAAGAAUGUGCAGAAUCGAUGCGCUGGAGUUUCUAAAACUAGCUACGGAAUUGUUAUUGGCCAAGUCUUCAACUCACAAAGGAAUUGUCACUUUUGGUGAUGGGGAAGCAACGGAUAAUAGUCACAACGCUGAUUAUACUUAUUCUGCAUUCUUUAACAAGUAUUUGAUAUAUUACCAAUCAAUUUUCGAAUCACUGGAGUUGUGUUUUCCAGAUUAUCUUGCACAAGCAAGACUUGCCAUGGAGUCCCUUUUCCUAGCACCUCAAGUCUACUCAUUUUCUUGGAUAAAAAUCUGGGAAGAGAAGAGAAGUGUAUCCUAUUCUUGUACAGAAAUUGGAUUGCAGGGUAAGAGAGUAAGCAAAGAAAAUCUGUUACAAGCCAAAGAACUGGUGAAUGAAAGAGGAACUCCAUUUAGGGUGAGGAUUGAAGAAGAACGGCAGCAUGAGAUGGUGUUGGAAUGGAAAGGGACAUCAUUGGUGAGAGUUUCAAUUUGGAUGUAGAAGAAGAAGACAAUAACAGAAAACAACAUAGAGAAACUACAAUUCUUUCUCUGUCAUUUUCUUUUCCGUUAUGUUACUUGCAUUUUUCUAUGAAGUGCAAAAGUGCUAUCUUGCUCGAACUCUUCAAAAAUAUCAAUUGGUGUGUGCUAGAUUCUUCAAAAUUGUGUAUUUUUAGAAGAUGUGACAAUCUUUUGGAAAAUCAGAGCAACAUAGGAGUCCAUACUAAUAUUAGCUUGUCAGUGUACUUACUAGUAUAAAUUUGUUAAAUGUUAAAAACCACAGUUGUAAAUGAUAGGUGAUGUUUCAGGUAUCCCGUGGAAUUAGUUAUGAGUGACAAUGGAGGGAAUUGUUGACCGAAAUAAGCCAUUUUCUGAAUCAAUUCACCAAUAUAAUAUGUUUUU